AUGGAAAGUCAUUAUUGCCCCUUGGAAGAAAUUCGUCAAAAGCGAGCUGCUGAAAGAUUGAGCAAAACUUCUUCGGGCCCCGAUCUCUCCCAGAUCCCACCUAUCGAUGUUGGAGGAAUGCGAAAAUCGGAGAGCGCAAAUCGACUCUCUGAGAAUGAUGUUAGUACUUUAGUCUCUCAGAUAAGAGACUUGGAUAGGAAGAAUGCUGAACUGGAAGAACAAAACAAGAAUUUGGCUUCCAUGCUUGAAGAAAAGGAAGCCGGGAGUGUUGCGCUGCAGAAACGUUUGAAUGAUCUGGAGCAAAAUACUGUACUGUCUUUGAGGAAAGCUCUCAAGGAUGUCGCGAUGGAGAAAGAUGCGGCAGUUGUUGCACGGGAGGAUCUCUCCGCCCAGCUGCGUAUGCUAAAGAAGCGUCUGAAGGACGCAGAAGAAGAACAGUAUCGAGCUGAGGAAGAUGCAGCAUCCCUGAGAGCUGAGCUGAAUAUGAAACAACAACAAACAAUGAGUGGCUCACUUGGUGCACUAAACUCAAGUGCUAAUCCACCUGAUCAGAUACAGGCAUUAGAAAACGAGUUAGCUAAUUUAAAGUCCGAGUUACAGCAAGAAUCAAUGUUGAGACAGCAAGAACGACAGCAACUAGCAGAGGAGCAAGCUCGAGCAUCCAUACUCACAUCUGAGAAUCAAGAAUUAGAAGAAAAACUUGCAGCUUUGUCUAGAAAGUCUUCAGAAUCAGACAGAGUGGCCAGCAAGGGAUUUUCAUUUGAAGACAAAGAGAUACUUGAGAAGCAGAUGCAUGACAUGGCUGUAGUGAUUGAGAAAUUGGAAAGCAGUAGACAAAAGCUUUUAAUGGAGAGUGAUUCCCAAUCUUCCGAGAUAGAAAGGCUUUUUGAGGAGAACUCUAAUUUUUCUAGUUCUCAUCAGGAGGCUAUGAGCAUAGCUGUCCACUGGGAGAAUCAGGUGAAAGACUGUCUUAAGCAAAAUGAAGAGCUCCGAGGAAUCUUAGAUAAGUUAAGGACUGACCAGGCUAAGGGUUUGCUUGACUCCCAUAACAAUGGCUCUAACAAGACUGGUUCAGCUGAAUAUACAACUGAAGUUCUCUCUAUCAAGGAUCAACUUGCAAAAGAACAGAGUAAAGCAGAGGCAUUAUCGGCUGAGGAAUUACAGCUCUCAGCAAGACUCCAACAGACCACUCAAGCAUAUAAUGGGCUCGCACGCCUCUAUAAACCGGUCUUGAGAAACAUAGAAAGCAGCCUCAUUAAGAUGAAACAAGAUGGCCCUGUGACGGUGGGGUAA